CUCUUCGCAUUGUGAAUUUGGGCCGCUUCCAGGCGCAAGCACGAUACGCAACAUAAUCAUUACUGCGAGCGACACAGGGCUAAGUGCGGAAGUAGUUCAGAAACUCUGACGCUCGUAGUGUGCGAGAAAAGGGACUGACAAUAAUAGUAGAAUGCUACCUGCAGGUUUUCAACGAAGGCGACGUUACAUCAGCCAGCGGUCCAAUGGACGCAGAUUGCACCCUUACAACACUAGACUGAGGGACCGCCAAGUUGAGCCUUGGAACGAAACACAAGAAAGUGAACGAGCUGAACGGGAGGAAGAUGUUCCUGUUUUCUUUCCGAUUAACCUGAUCAAGGUGCACGGAUGUCUGAGCGGAGAAGUUCGCGAAUUCGAGGAAGUACUGGAAAAGCUCGAGUAUUGCCAAGAUAACGGGUGGUUUAAGGAACACGAUCGCCUUGUCACGGGGGCAAUUCACCAUUGUGAGGAAAGAGAGUAUUUUAGCAUGCCUUGGGUCUUGAAAAUAGAAAAAUCAGCAACCUACUCUUACCAAGAUAACUGGAAACAAGCUAAGAAACUGCUUAAGUCGGUUAUAAAUUCUGACAUGGUCGAAGAUUCGGAUGUCAUAUAAGGAAAAGCCUACUACUUACUUGUGGCUCACAUGAGAAGGAAACAAAAAUACCGGCUGUACACAGAACUUUGCCCGGCUGCUUCAUCAGUAAUUGACAUAGUACUGUUGCUUCCCCAUGCUACUUCCCUGAGGUUAAUAGUCCUCGAAGAAAUUAAGACUGUUUCAAGUCACAGAAAACACGAUUUCGUCGCUUACAUUACACGUUAUCUCCUUGUGUGACCCUGUAUCUUCAAUUUGCGAAGCAAAUUUGCCCAGAGGAUGCAUUGGGAAGCAUAUUAUGUUACAUAUGAACGCCCAUUUGAAACGUGUUAAAAUUACGGGACAAACAACUCGAUAUUUUUCUGCUCGUGUCAUGUAAACUUUGAGUCGCGAUUUUAAAUUGAUUUUAUCUCAUAUCUAGUGUAUUUUUAUUCGUUAUAUUAUCUUAUAAUUAUGCCAUAGUUUUAACAUCCGUAUUGUACAUAAUUUUUUAGAGGGCCACUGGUUUGUAAGUAUUUAUAUACUCUUUUAGUGUUACCCUCUUUAAAUAAAGUCUUUACUUACUUACUUAAUUGAAAGGGUAUUUAAUUUUUAUGCGCGUUAAAAAGUGCUGUGAAGUGAGGAAUAAAAUGUUUUUCGCAGAUAAUUUUGCUUAGGUAAGUGACUUGUUCAACUAUGUAUAUUAGGAUCUUCAAUAAAAGAGGCUGUUUUGAUUAAUACUA